CCCGCCCUGUGCCCUGUUUAUCUCUCAACAGGAACAGUCUGCGAUGUUAAAGAGUGCUCCCAAAUCCCACCGCCGCACAGCGGCGCUGAGUUACAGGAGGAGAUCCGGAGCGUUAUAGAACAAAUUCAAUCACUGACCAGAGUAGUAACUGAUUAUAAAACACUAAAAGGCAGCAGCACCUCAAGGUCAGGGCAUAUCCAAGGCGAUGCUUCGUCCCGAUCCGUAGGAGACCCAUCCCUGUUGGAGGGUGUCCACUUAAACUCCUAUUAUAGCGUCUUAGUUAACCUAUAUUCGGUAUACAUGCCGUUAAUGAGCGAGCGAUUCGUCAAUAACCUUCCCGAAACACUCGUGUGUAUCCUGUCCGGGACACAAGAAUGUGGCCUGGAAGCAGAGUUAACGAGGGUGGUCGUUCUAGAACUCGCUAAUCCGUUGUUGGCGGUUUUGUCGUUCAUGAGGUCGGAGGGAUGUACCCCCAUGGACACGGGUGCGGGCAGCUUAUUCAGGUCCUACUUGAGGAUGGACGAGGUGAGCACGGCGGAACUCACCGGCUUACAGGAAAUGCUUGCAUUGGCAAUGUCACAGGUACCCCAGUCUGGGAGUCUGAUGUCGACUAUAAGUCGACUUUUGGACAUGGUUGUGACGUAUUUCUCAACGAAGAUGGGGACUCUUAUCCAAGUCCCCAUUGAUUACGUGAACAUUGGUUUACAGUUUGGAAUUACAGUUCCUUCGCUUAAUCAAACCGAGCAAUGCCAGCAAGGGAAUCUGAAGCAGCUUAUAAUGUGGGGAAUGAAACACAACGUCAGCUGGUCCUUCGGCCCCUCCAUACUGGACAUCUUCUUGGGCUCAGAAUCCUCUCUGUGCAACGACCCCGGUUCAGAAUGCCCCAGUCCUGCCGGCCACUACAGCCGCCCUGCCUCCCAAUCCGCCACCAAUGACGACGAUGAAGACUCCAUGUUCAGCUGCGACCGCCACAACCUCACCGUCUUCAACGAGACACCGUGCGCCCAAGUCCUUGCCUCUCCGCCGGAGGACCCCCCCACCUCGCUGGGGGUGUUCUGCCGCGCGCUCAGCCAGCUCAGCCCCGCGCAGCUGGAGCACGUCUGGGGUAACACGUGUCACGCCAUCCAGGCGCUGAUGUCGCCCGUCCUCACCCGGGCGCCCGCUUGUGACACCGGAGGCUACACGCCGCCGCCGCCGCCGCCUGUCCUGCCCCUCCCCCCGUCGCAGGCCCGCCGCGCCAGGGCGUCGCCCAACCUCCGAAACCUGGUCUGUGACUAUGACUCCUGGUUUCAGGGUGAGGCGGUGGACGCCGGGGUGGUGAGCUUGUGCUCCGAUAACGACCGCGACCUGUUCGUGGAGCAGGUGUGUGACAGCCCGCUGCGCAUGAUGCAGCUGCUGUCAGACCCCAACAACCACUGGAUGUUGGACUUUUGUGGUAACCUGACGUCGAACCCAGGAAUGCUGCUGAGCCUCUUCUGUGCCUACGAGGGCUGGAUGAACCAGCCGGAGGUGCCCUCUGCCAUGGUGGCCUUCUGCUGGAGCAUGGACGGCGGCAGGCUGAAGGAUCUGGUCUGCAAGGACCUCGGCCUCUUCCAAUUCUUGUUCAUCAACCCGGACAACGUGGCUCUGAUCCCCAACUGCACGCACCUCGCCCCGCAGUCGCCGACGGAAGGGACCCUGGACGAGUUGGUGGCGGACUCCUGCCGCUACUCCGAGUGGCACGAUGUCAUGCAGAUCCCCAUGAACGUCAUGUCCCUCUGCACCCGCAACGACGCCGCGCGAUUCGCCGCCGAGGUGUGCGCCAACGCCACCUUCUUUAGCGCUCUGCUGCAGAACCAGGUGUACGCCAGUUGGCUGGAGGUGUUCUGUGCCAACGUGUCUCAGGUAGCCCCGCAGAGCACGCCGCCAUCCAGGGUCAUCUACUGGUGCGACUACGAGAACUGGGGCGACCGGCACGUGGACCCCUCGGUGGUGGGGCUGUGUUGGCAACACGAUAAGGACAACUUCACCACGAAGGUGUGCUGCAACUCCACGCUGUUCGACCAGCUGGCGGCGGAGACCCAGAACAAAUGGCUGCUGACGGCGUGCGGGGACAGAGACGUGGCGGAGAUGAUACCACAGGUUUGCAGAUACUCGGAGUGGACCCGGCCCAUCAUCGUGGACAUGACCGAUCUGGCGCGCUGUGCUGAACUGGACCCCUUCAACUUCACCACCAGGGUGUGCGCCGACGGCGUUGUGCUGAAGCACCUCCUGGCCAACCCGGACAACAUUUGGCUGCUGCAGCACUGCAUCAACGGGUCCCAACCCGGGGAGCCGCUGGGCUUCAACCUCUUCGAGCAGUGCCAGUACGCCAGCUGGGGCCUGUCGCUCCCGGACCAGGACCUCAUGGCUCUGUGCUGGAAAUACGACCAGGUGAACUUCGCUAGGUCAGUCUGCCUAGACGUCAACCUUCUGGCCUGGCUCGCCCAGGACACGUCCACCAUGUGGGUGAGCCAACUGUGCCACAGCUUCAGCCACCACGGUGCAAACGACAGCGGCCCCGGGGAGGAGAGCCAGCCCUGCCUGGCCCGAGAGCUGGUGAUGAGGUUUAACUGGUCCUGCUCGGCCGACCUGGCUCCGGUGUGCCGGCCCGGGGCGAGCGUCACGGCCUCCCUGCAGGCGGUGCUGCGCUGCUGGGUGGAGAGCCUGACCCAGCGGAUGCAGGGUCUGUCGGUGCUGAACAAGGCGGCCAGCAUGAGCGUGGUGAUGCUGGUGGCGCUGGAGGAGAGGCAGCUGACGUCGCUGCGCGUCACGGACCACAUCCGGCGGAGCGUGCUGAACUCCACCGCCCUCUACCUGGAGAGAGAGACCAACUUCGAGAACAAGAGGGUCCUCCUGCAGUGCUUUGGGAAAGAACUCACCAGCCUGAUGGAGUCGCGCACCAUACUGGACCCAGAGGUCUUCCUCAUCCAGGAGUAUUUCCGGAUCCCUCUGGAGAGUCUGCGUGCUGUGCUGAGUGGGGUGGACAACACCACGGCCCGGGAGAUCCUCCAGCACUACAGUCGGCAUAAGAACUCACUGCAGCUGACGGAUGUCUAUUUAUCGGCCAUGGUGUCUGUGUUCAUCCCCGUCCACCUGUGGAAGGACAGCAGGCUGUUCACAGAGCUGGCUCCUCUUCUACCCUGGGCCUCCCUGGCCGACAUCAAAGCUCUACCCCCACUGCAGUCCAACGCCUUUGUCCGGGGUGCGAUCAACGACAACCUGGCCCUCAUGCGCCUGGCCCAGCGCCAGGCGUUUGGCCAGUGGUUCAGCCGGGCCAUGGCGCCGCUCAACAUGACCAGCGGCGCACGCUCUCUCAUCAGGGACACCGGGAACCUGAUCGUCUACCUGCCCUUCCAAAGCUUCCAACACCUCUCCCCUGCUCAGCUGCUGGACGGGCUGGAGGUGCUGCGGAGAAACACGCUCAGCACCCUGCAGCAGAACUUCAUAGCUCAGAGCAUCAUCGGUGCCUACAAGAACCUCUCCAUACAGGACUUCAACAGGCUGGGGAACCUGACCUGCCUGGUAGAGCCUUCAGAGCUGCUGCUCUACAGGAACUCUGAGGUUUUCCCCGUCAUCCAGAGACUCAUCUCCAACUGCGCCCAACACAGGCUGAAUUUGCCCAGUGACAUGAUCGUUUUCAUCCUGAAUCAAACCAAUUUGAGGUCCCCGGGCUCACUUCCACCCGACACACUUUUUGAGCUGGUCCCUUUCCUGCCCUGGCUAGGUGUGGACUUCUUGCAGGAGCUUAGCCAAUCACAGCUGCUGCCUCACUUCUCUGAAUUGGCCACUGUGUCAUUCACCCCUACACAGGCUAGUGUAAUCCUGGACAAGAUGUCUUCAAGCUAUACUACGGCCCCGGCGGGUCUUCAGGCGCUGGGCACGCUGGUGGUGGGGCUGAAGGUGGAGACGGUGCGGACCCUCCCAGCCGACACGCUGCUCUCCUCCCUGCCUGGCAUGGCCCAGAACAAGGCAGAGCUCAGACCACCCCUGGCCAACGCCAUCUCAACCAAACUCUGGGGCUAUCCUGAUGUGGUGAACCGGCUGCUGAAUGUUGCCCCUCUCCUGUCCAUCACUCCUCUGCUCAGCGUGCUUCCCCACACAACUCUACUCACAGCUAACAGCACAUACACCACCACACAGCCCUGGAACACACAGCAGGCCAAGGCAUUAUUCAGAAAAGUGAUGGAAUCCCAGCCAAGCCUCACCAAAGAACGCUUCCUGAGCAUUGGGACGGUGGGUCAAGGUGUGAGCUGCCCGGUGCUCCGGAGACUCAUCGCCGGGUCAUCCAUUUCCCUGCUGAGAGAUAUCCUUCACUUCCUGCAAGAGCAGCCGACUCUCCUUCACACGUCACUGAAAAACUGUCUGAUAAAUGAGCUGUACCGUUUUGAGUUCUUCUCUGAGCUGCUAGUGGACAUGGGAGCAGAAAUUGCUCUGGCCCUGCCGGUGAGCACAGUCAGGAUGUUCCCUGCAGACAUGAUGGACACUCUGAGGACCAUGAUUGUCCAGGACCCCAGGUCCUUCCUCCAGCUGCCCAGGGUCAAGCAGGAGCUGCUGGUUGACAAGCUGACCCAGAGACUGGGCAUGUACACGGGGGAGUACACAGAGAAGGAGUUCCACUCUCUGGGUGUCAUGGCCACAUUUGUGGUGGACGAGGUGUUUGUGCAGCUGAGGCGCAGCGUCUUCCUCAACAACCUGGAGCUUCUGCAGGGAUUCUGCUACAGCGCCACCAAGAGGUUGCAGGUGGCAGCCAUGUUGCAGGAGCCAGCGGUCUUCGGCCCAGUUGGAACCUGGACCGCGGUCAAUAUUAACCUGGCGGGGCGAUUUCUCUUCUUCCUGUCGAAAGACACGCUGCAGAAGAUUUCCCCGUCCCUGCUGAGCCUGAGCCACGUGGAGAGGUUGUUCCUUGAGCAGUCCCAGUGGGAGGCCAGCGAGGUGGGGCUCCACUGUGUGAAGAACACCCCCCAGCUUGAGAGGCAGGCCUGGUUCAGCAAAGAGGAGUUUGUCCUCCAGUACUUCCUCGGGUUCCUUCGGGGAGCAAUAAAUACCCCUGUCCAGUCUACCGUGGUGACGCCCGGCUGUGAGAUUCUACACAACCUGGCUCCGUCUCUGUGGCCCCCCGACAGCCUGACAUCCAUGACCGACGAGGACUUCUCCAACUGCCUGGAGCUCAUUGGACAGGACCCCUUCCUCCAGCAAUAUCAACGUUCUCCACUGCUGCAGAGGGCCAAGCAGGUGCACGGCCCUGUGUCCUCCCUGCCCUCCACGGUGGUCCCCCAGCUGGGAGGUCUGGCCGUUGCCCUCUCCAGGGCGGAGCUGGCCUCUCUUCGCCUCUCAGAGAUCAGCAGCAUCUCAGCCAUGGGCGCCGUCAGCACUUGGGAACGCACACAGCUGCCUGUGCUUUUCCAAAAUGUGGUGAAAGCCAUCCAACUGAGUCCUAACCAGCUGGAUUCCAGCACUCUGGUAGCGAUGGGCCACAUUGUUUGUGGAGCAAAUGCCGCUGAAAUACAAACUUUCAAUGCCACAGAGUUCAGUAAGGCUGUGCUGUGGUUGGGCCAGUUGAGGCUCGCCUGCUCUGAGGAGCAGUUUGGUGCGAUGGUUACGCUUCUGAGUAAUAGCCUUGCCUUCGGCAUCACCAGUUCCUGGGGGCAAGAAGUGUUCAUAGAGAUAGGCGUUGUGGCAGCUGGACUCCCUGAUAUGUCCAUGUCGGCGCUCGUGAAGGAGCAGCUCGAAGGCAUCACACCCCAGGCUAUUUCACUCAUUCCCCCAGAUAAGUUUGCUGUGGUGUUCAGCCCUCCCAAGAUCGGUCAUUUCACCUACGAGCAGGCAGUUGCGGUGACGACGAGGCAGCGUGAGGCGCUGUCUGACGCUCAACUGAAUGCCCUGGCCAUAGUCCUUACGCCCUGGGAUGACCGGCUUCCGAACCCCCGACAGGAAGGGUCAUUUGGGGGGACAGUCAGUCCCACUCAUCUGUGUCUCCUGCUGGGACUGCUGAUCUGGCUGCUCUUCUCUGCCCCCCCCGACCUUGAUCGCCCUGCACCCAGGGCUACCGUUCUCACCUUACCACCGGUCCCACCCUACCUACCAAUACCCGACCCAAACAGCACUUCACACUUUCAGUAUUCUAAUGCAUGAGUGGGCUAAUUAUUUUGUCUUUUGUCCUAAACGUUAUUAUUUGGCUGUACAUAAUGUCAUCUCCUUUGGUUCUUGGAAAGGCGCUACUAAUAUAUUAAGAUAUUAUUGAUUAACUUAAUUUGUGUUUCUUUUUCUUUUAACAACUGCAGCAGAGAGAUAAACAGAGAUAAAGGGUGGUCUUAAUAAUAAGCACCGUGUGUUUCGAUUGAUGCAUGUACCAACAGCAUCUGAGAUAUUGCCGGUCUUGUUCAUGUUCCUUGUCCUUCUCAGGGCCGCAAAGCCACGCACCGUGUUGGAAAUAAUACAAUUAAUAAUAUUUUCAAAACCAUAUGAUAGUUUGGGUUGUAAAUCUAGUUUUCUAUUAUCGCAAAAUGUUUUCUAUUUAUUGAAAGUUGUUUGGUUUGUCUAUAAUAAUAUCCUUAUAUAUCUGUAUUAUAUAUCAUGUGACUCGAUCUAUUGAAAUAAAUGAAAAUCACGACAACCUUUAACAUUAUUCUAC